AUGAAGAACUUACUUUCAUUGGUAAACAAACAGGACAAGCCUAAGUCCCCCAAGCAUGUUUCAGAUACAGAAGCCAACAAUGGUGGCAUGAACACAAUUAUGAUGGAUGACGCUAAAAAAAGUAAAAGUGACGUUGAGCUGUGCCAUAUGGAACAUGCUCCCGGUUCAAAUAGUCCUGAAGAUGAGGAUACUGAGGCUUCUGAGCUGUUGAAUGCGACUCAAGAUGCUAAAGAAGCAGACGAUAACGAGAGAACAAUGCCCUUAAUGCAGGCCCUUAAAACCUACCCAAAGGCUGCAGCAUGGUCUUUGCUCGUUUCGACUACGUUGAUUAUGGAAGGCUACGACACUGCAAUUCUUGGCGCUUUCUUCGCUCUGCCUGUUUUCCAGGAAAAGUUUGGUAGCCAAAACUCGACAGGAGAUUGGGAGGUUUCGGCUUCAUGGCAAGUUGGUUUGACCUUGUGUUAUAUAGGGGGCGAGAUUGUGGGAUUACAGCUUACGGGACCACUGUGUAAUUACAUUGGUAAUCGGUACACAAUGAUUUUCGCGCUGUUCAGUCUCGCUAUGUUCACCUUCAUUCUGUAUUUCUGCAAGGAUUUGGGAAUGAUCGCGGUGGGCCAGGCCCUGUGUGGUAUGCCGUGGGGCUGCUUUCAGAGCUUAACAGUCACAUAUGCGUCAGAAAUAUGUCCCUUGGCGCUCAGAUACUACUUGACAACAUAUUCUAACCUCUGUUGGUUAUUCGGUCAACUAUUUGCAGCCGGUAUUAUGAAGAACUCUCAAAAUAUGUAUGCGCAUUCCGAACUUGGUUAUAAAUUACCGUUUGCGUUGCAAUGGUUGUGGCCUGCUCCUCUAAUGGCUGGUAUAUACCUAGCGCCUGAGUCUCCUUGGUGGUUAGUCAAAAAGGGAAAAAUGGAUGAGGCAAGGAGAUCGCUUAAUAGGACGCUGAAUGGUAAGGGUAUAGAAAAAGAGGUUACGGUGGCCAAAGAAUUAGAGAAAAUUCGACUCACCAUAGAGAAGGAAAAGACACUGAAAUCUUGUGAGGGAAGUUACCUGGACUGCAUAAGUGAUAAAACUAAUAGGAGAAGAACCAGAAUUGCCUGCCUUGCAUGGGUGGGACAGACAACAUGUGGCGCCGGUCUUAUGGGAUACUCAACUUAUUUUUAUCAAAAAGCUGGUGUCAGCACAGAUAUGUCUUUUACCUUCAGUAUCAUCCAGUACUGUCUGGGCAUAAUUGCAACUUUUAUCUCUUGGUGGCUCUCAAAGCACUUAGGCAGAUUUGAUCUGUACGCAAUCGGCUUGGGAUUCCAGGGCAUAAUGUACUUAAUAAUUGGUGGUCUAGGAUGCAUGGAGACAACAGAAUCAAAAAUGGCAAGUGGAGCACUUCUGAUGGUCGUAGCUUUUUUCUAUAAUUUGGGUAUUGCCCCUGUGGUCUUCUGUCUAGUGUCUGAAAUUCCAUCGUCCAGGUUAAGAACAAAGACUAUUAUUUUGGCUCGAAAUUCCUACAAUGUUGUCUCAAUUGCUGCAUUGGUCUUGAUAUUAUACCAGUUGAAUUCCGACAAGUGGAACUGGGGUGCUAAAGCAGGUUUCUUCUGGGGCGGAUUAUGUUUUGCUACGCUUGCAUGGGCUGCUAUUGAUCUACCCGAAACUUCAGGAAAGACUUUUAGUGAGAUCAAUGAACUAUUCAAGCAGCAUACCCCGGCUCGGAAGUUUAAGACAGCAAAGGUAGAGCCUUUUUCAAUCAAAACCUCAAAUGAACUAUCGGAUGACGAUAUAACACCUUCGCUGGGGGUCUCUUCCAAAUCUCAUGACGAAAGGGAAUCGCCAAACAAUGGUCUUUAG